AUGUCGGCUCAACAACAGCAGCAGAGGCAGUCGCAGCAGCGCAGGCUCAUCAAGAAGGGCCUCUUCGCCAAGGACUUGGCACCGAUGAUGUACGGCUUCGGCGAUGAGAACCCUGCGCCAGAUUCGAUUGCGGUCAUGGAGGAGCUGGUCAUUGAGCACAUCACGGAUAUCUGCAUGCAAGCGCACCUCAUCUCGACCAACCGCGGCAAGAUCAAAGUCGACGACUUCCGCUUCGCCCUCCGCCGCGACCCAAAGAAGCUUGCCCGUAUCGACGAGCUGCUCUUCAUGCAAGAGGAGAUUGCACGAGCACGGCGAGGAUUCGAUAACCCGCUCGACGCGUAUGCGGACGAGGAGGAUAUUGCGGCGGCCAAGGCGGAUGCGGCGGCGGGUGUAGGGACGGUCCAGGGCGGCGUGCAGUCGACGACUUCGGGCGUGCUGGGAACGGCAGCGGCGUCAACGUCGAUGCCGGCGGGCGGAGCGGGUGCGAGGAAGGGCGGAGGCGGCCUGGCGUUGCCAGAGGGGAAGGGCAAAUCGUCCAAGGCGAAGGGGAAGCAGAAAGAGAAGGCGUGA